AUGGGGAGGUCUUCCAGAAAUGCCGAUGUUGCUUUAAAGUUGGAUAUGUUGAAGGCUUACGACCGUGUCUCCUGGAUAUUUUUGACUUCCGUUUUGAGAAGAUUUGGAUUUGGGGAGCAAUGGAUUGACAGGAUUUGGAGAUUGCUGUCAAAUGUUUGGUUCUCAGUUCUGGUCAACGGGUCCAGUGUGGGUUUCUUUAAGUCCACACGAGAGCUUCGUCAAGGGGAUCCGCUAUCCCCUUGGUUAUUUAUUGUCGGCGCGGAGGUACUGUCCCGCUCUUUAAACAAGUUAAUAGAGUAUCAGGAGUUUAAGUGCUUUUCAGUUCCGCGAGGAUGCUCUAGGAUCACUCAUCUCAGCUAUGCAGAUGGCGUCUUGGUUUUUUCUAGUGCUUCGUCCUCCUCACUGCGAUGUGUCAUGCAGACGAUUAGGAGCUAUGAAGCAAUAUCAGGGUUUCUAUCCAAUGGGGGUCGUCUCAUACUCAUUAAGCAUGUUCUUUCUGCAGUCUCGAUUCACUUGCUGGCGGCUUCAUGCCCUCCGAAGGGAGUCCUCGCCUUGGCUGAACGGGCCAUGGCAAAUUUUCUUUGGGGGGAGCGGGAGGGUGGCCUCCGACACCAUUGGAUCAAGUGGCUAGACUUGUGUGCCGACUCGUCACAAGAGGGGUUGGUGUUCGGUCGUUACUGGAGGUCCAGUCAGCGUUCUCGUUCAAAUUAUGGUGGCGCUUCCGGACAAGUGACUGCUUAUGGUCGACAUUCAUGUGGGCCAAGUACUGCCGGUUUAGUCAUCCAUGCAUGGUAG